AAGAAGUAAUGAAUGCCGCAAAUGCCAAUACGCCAGUUGUCAGUUUUACACAAAUACAUUCUAAUCGGUUUUAGGAGUUUUAGCCUUAAGUCUAAAUAAAUAUCUAUUGUUUGUAAUAUAUAGUUUUAAGUACCCGAAACAGAAUAAUAAUAUAUCAUCAUGAUUCGAUUCAUUCUCAUACAAAACAGGGCUGGUAAAACCAGAUUAGCAAAAUGGUACAUGAACUUUGAUGAUGAUGAAAAGCAGAAGUUAAUUGAAGAAGUACAUGCAGUUGUAACUGUGAGAGAUGCAAAACAUACAAAUUUUGUUGAGUUCAGAAACUUUAAAAUAGUCUACCGACGUUACGCUGGGUUAUACUUUUGUAUAUGUGUUGAUGUAAAUGACAAUAAUUUAUGUUACCUAGAGGCAAUUCAUAAUUUUGUUGAAGUUCUCAAUGAAUACUUCCAUAAUGUAUGUGAACUAGAUCUUGUUUUCAACUUUUACAAGGUGUAUACUGUGGUAGAUGAAAUGUUCUUGGCUGGUGAAAUUCGGGAAACUUCACAGACCAAAGUUUUAAAGCAAUUGUUAAUGUUGAAUUCACUCGAAUAAGAAGCUAGACUAUUCAGAUCUGUGUAUUUCAUAAGAGCAUUGAUAUUCCUGAACAAAUUAUAUAAUUGUAUCAUGUUAAGUGAAGAUGUGUAAAAUUGCAUCCAUCACGGCAGUCAUGCACUGGUAUUGUAAUGUUAUUCAUUCCAUGUCAUACAUACACUAAAUGCAAAACACAAUAGUGGCAUGAGUAUAUACAAAUACCUAUUAGGGAAUAUAUUAUUAUGUAUGUACAAUGAAUUGCAACACGGUUUUAAUAGCAUAUGACUUGUGUUUAUAUUGUCAAUGCCAAUAUGUUUUACAGUAUAUACAUAUAGCAAUUGUCCUUUUUAAAUGGGCUAAGAAUAUAAUAUAAUAUCAUUAUUUACGCUUUUUUUGUUAACUAUGUAAGGAGAAUGACUCAUUAAAAAUGUAUAUUUGUGUUCAGUAAAAUAGCAUUAUCAAACAGUCAAUAUAA